AUGAAUCAGCUAAAUGUUGGCGAGGACGCGCAGGAGCUUCAAUUGAGAGCUCGAAUUAUGGAAUUGAGAACGACAGUCCGUGAUCUUGAAAGGCCAGAAAAUGCGGAACUCGGAAGAGGACUGGGGCCGCUGGAAGCGUUAUUCCUAGACGGAUUACAGCAUGGAUUGAAUAGAGAACGCAGAGAACUCAACAAUUUGGAGAGAUUCCACCGAGCUACCUAUCCCAACUUGUUGGAACGAAUAGACAUUGAAGAUGAAAUACAUGACUUCCAGGAGUAUUUAAUUGACCUAGAAUAUUUAAUUGCUCGAAAUGAACGUAUUCGUCACUUGCAAGGACUCGGAGAGCUUCCACCAAAUAUCCCGGAAGUACCAUUCAAUCCGGUGGAAGAACCGCCCAAUCCGCCCGCAGUGGAACCUCAGAACGCCAGAAGAAACCGUCGGAGGAGAUGGGAAGAAAUGCGAAUGCAACACCAAGCAAUGGAAGCUUUGGAGCCGCCAGCAAUUCGUGACUUUCCAGUGGCUGAAGCACAGGGGAAUCCGGUCAUCGCACCUCAACAACUUGGGGAUCAGGAGUUUGUUGAACAGUUUCAAGCAUGGGAAAGACGAGCGCAAAGACAAGCAGCAGAAAUGAAUGCUGUUCCAGCAGACUUUAUUCAAGUUAUCCGUGUUGAACAUCGACAAAAUCAAGAUGAACCACGUCAAGAGGAUCAAGAAGGUCCAGAAAACCGGAAUCCAGAAGAGCCACGUCAAGAGGAAGGUCCAGAAAACAAAGAAGAUCCUGAAAAUGAACCACAAAUUCUUCUCGAUGGUCGAAGACCAGCCGUUGCUGCUCCAGAGGCUCCAGUUGUAGAAGGACCUGCUCUAGAGGAGCAAAGAGAGGUUGUUGGACCAGAAGGACCACACAAAGCACAAGCAGGAGAGCAACCAGUACCAAAUGUAUUCUUUAUUCCGCCAGAACGUCGGGUUGAAGAAGGUCCAGAAAACCAAGGAGAACCUGAUAAUCAACCACAAAACUAA